AUGGCGGCGGCCAUGGACUCGGCGAACCCUUUGCUGAGAGCCGUGUUCCUCGGCCGCCUGCGUCUCACGCGGCUGCUCCUGGAGGGCGGAGCCUACAUCAACGAAAGCGACGGCCGAGGCCAGACGCCCCUGAUGGUGGCCUGCCGGAACCGGCAUACCGACGCCCAGAGCGCCAGCCGGGUCAAGCUGGUCCAGUUUCUCCUGGAGAAAGGAGCGGACCCCGACAUCCAGGACAAGGAGGGCCGCUCGGCGCUGAUGCACGCCUGCCGGGAGCACGCCGGCCACGAGGUGGCGGCGCUGCUCCUGGCCAGCGGGGCAGACAUCGGUCUGGAGGAUCGGUCCGGGACGUCGGCGCUGGUCUACGGGGUCGUGGCCGGAGACUGGAAGGUCCUGAAGCUGUUGCUCGACACGUGCAAGGCCAAAGGGAAGGAGGUGAUCAUCAUCGCCACCGACAAGUUCCCAUGCGGGAAUCCUCAAGCGCAGCAGUACCUCAGCAUGCCUCCUCUCGGGCCUCUUGACAAAGUGGCUCCCGCAUCUCCCUCGGAGGUCCAGCUCGUCACCUCCCCCUCCGUUGGCCCCCCGAAGACGGCCUUCUCCUUCAAGGAAGCCCAGUCCGGCGGCCUGACCUCCCACCCUGGUUCCCCGUCCCGGUUUCAAAGGCUGGGCCAGGCGGCGCCCGGCGGCCUGCAGCAGCCGCCCCUCCUGAGGCUGAACUCAGAGCCCUGGCUGAAGGUCCCGCCGGCUCUGCUCCGCCGGGACCUCGCCCUCCGGAUCCACCAACCGGAUUCAACGAGCGAGACCUUCAAGUGGUCCGAAGGGCGCUCGGCGAGGGCCAGAGGGGCGGAGCUGAAGAACGAAUGUGCCAAACGCGCCGGACAGAAGAUCUCCCUCCCGGGCCUCCUGUCCUCCCACUCCGCCUCCCACCCCAACCUCCACUCCACAAACCUGGGAACGGAUUCGCUCGCCUCCUCUUCCUCCUUCUCCUCCGGUGCCAAACACAUCGGCGCCUCGCUCCAGGGCGUGGCCUCGUCCAGCCUUCACAGCGUCAUCCAGAGGCGCCGGCUCGGGGACAUCUACAGCUCCGACCCGCAGCUCGCCAGAGACGUCCACCAUCUGCUCGAGGAGUCCCAGCAGAGAGCGAGGGACCCGGCGCCGCUCCGCUGCUCCAGCACCCUGGGCUCCAGGGAGUCCGUGGCGGUGGCGGCCAGCAGGAGGAUGCCGUGCGGGUCCGAGCGCAGAGGAUCCGGAGCCUUCCUGCCGGACCGCAGCUCCCAGGCCAAGCCUCGCUGUCUGCCGCCUCUGGUCCUCAACUCCGCCCUCCACCUCGGCGGUUCCUGUGAGUCCGGGACGACGAGGGGUUUCCUCCCCUCCGCUCCCCCCGGCCACCCCAAAGAGAUGACCAGGAGGAUGCUGCUGAGGAGACACUCGAUGCAGACCGAACAGUUCAAAACAACGGCGUGA